AUGAGUCCCAGGAGAACUUCGUCUGUGUCUCUGAUGCUGUUAAUAUUACUGAGCCUGGAGGCUACGGUGAAGGCAGCAGUACUCAUCCCUCAAAGUUCAGCAUGUCCAAACACUGAGGCCAAGAACUUCCUCCAGAAUGUGAAGGUCAACCUGAAACUCCUUAACUCCCUUAGCCCGAAAGUGAACUCCAGAAGGCCCUUAGACUACCUCAACCGUUCCACUUCACCGUGGACUCUCCACCGCAAUGAGGACCCUGAUAGAUAUCCUUCUGUGAUCUGGGAGGCACAGUGCCGCCACCAGCGCUGUGUCAACGCUGAGGGGAAGUUGGACCACCACAUGAAUUCUGUUGUCAUCCAGCAAGAGAUCCUGGUCCUGAAGAGGGAGCCUGAGAACUGCCCCUUCAAUUUCCGGGUGGAGAAGAUGCUGGUGGGUGUGGGCUGCACCUGUGUAUCCUCUAUUGUCCGUCAUGCGGCCUAA